AUGGCUCACUCUUCGCGUAACACCUUCCUCGUCCCGGGAAUUCCUCGUUAUUCUCGAUCAGCUACGUACAGAAAGAAAGCUCUCCAUAAACGCAAGAGAACCGCAAUUAAACCUGCUGAAAAACCUGAAGUUGAAAAGUUUAAGACGGUCAAAAUUGGCGGGCCAAAAAAUGGCGAAACAAGAAUUAUUCCAUUGGAAAAAGCGCCUAAGUACUAUCCAGCUGAGGAUGUAUCGAAACCAAAGAUUAGCAGGAAAACUGCAAAGCCAACAAAGUUAAGACAAAGUAUCACACCAGGGUCGGUUCUGAUUUUGCUGGCAGGACGAUUCAGGGGAAAGAGGGUUGUGUUUUUAAAGCAAUUGACAUCGGGCUUGUUGUUGGUAACUGGACCAUAUAAAUUCAACGGUGUACCAUUGAGGAGAGUGAAUCAGGCUUUUGUUGUUGCUACGUCAACAAAAAUUGAUAUUAAAGCGGUUCAGCUUGAUGGCUUAGAUGAUCAGUUCUUCAAACGCGAGAAAGCCGGGUCUAGUACGGCUGAGGGAGAGUUCUUUGGCGAUGACAAGAAGAAGAAAAAGGUCUAUCCUGAGACAAAGGCUGCUAAACAAAAGGCUGUCGAUAAACCAAUUAUCGAGGCUGUAGCGAAAGCUCCUCAUCUCGGAGACUAUCUGCGCUCUAGAUUUUCGCUCUCUAAAGGACGAGGCUCUGAGGAACACUCAGUCGGACAGGCUCCAUGUGGUGGAGUUGACACUGUCGGAGACCCGAACCAGCUUGCAUUGAAUGAUACAGUCAAAAUUAGAAUUGAACUUGCCGGUUCAAUGACCAUCUUUUUUGCGCCAACCGCAGCUGGACCAUUCGUUAAUAUUUCAGCACCAUAUGUGAAAACAACAAACAACAAAGAUGAAAUUAUCCAGAUCCCGAUUUCAUGUCGGGCAGCCAAUAUCACCGAAGGCACCGUUGGUGUGCUCCAAGGAGUAUACAAGUCAUUUGAUGGAAGCGUAACUCAAUACGGUUGUGCCGAUGUGGUUGUAGUUAAUGCGCUUUCAGCAGAUGCUAAUGGCAUAAGAGGUGGCUUGACUCUAACAAUCUUGGCUGCAAUCAUCAGUGUUCUCUCUGGUUUGUAA